AGAGGUCCUGCAGAUUGUGUCUUCAUCUGUGUCUGGAGUGCCAGCUUGGGGUCGAGUCUUUAAUAUGCUUGCAGAGAAUCUUAUCAACACAUCAAUUGCGAGAGCUGAAAUGUUAACGACCGUCUAAAAAUAGUGGUUCACGCUUGAGGCAGGCUGAGAAGAUAAUGCAGAUUAUUGGCUUAGAACGCCACACAGAGCUUGCGCCCCUUUUUACAUGGAAUAAGACUUGCGCGUUCUCUCAGCAGAUCGUUUCUUAUUUUUGAUUGAUUUUCUAGGGGAAAAUCCAGUAGCUCCUCUUCACCUCUCUCCAAUAUCCUUACCCCCCGCUCCAUUCAAGGCCUGAUGUGGCUCAUCAAUUGCCAAGAAUUGACUCUGGUGGAGGUGGGGGGUGCGCUGGAUGUACAAUAUGCAAUUCUGUCUCACACUUGGGAGGCCGGUGAAGAAGUCCAGUUCGAUGAAUUUCAAAGUCGAACCGCGACAACAAAACGAGGCUGGGACAAGAUCCGAACAUUGUGCCGGCUCGCCAUAGACGAAGGCUAUCAAUAUGCCUGGUGCGAUACGUGUUGCAUCAAUAAAACGAGCAGUGCGGAGCUCUCUGAGGCCAUCAAUUCCAUGUUCUCUUGGUAUGCGACGGCGGGUAUAUGCUACGUCUACCUGGACGAUUAUGAUUCUGUAUUUGCUACAAGUAAGCUGGGGGCUUCAAGAUGGUUCACGCGAGGAUGGACGCUCCAAGAGUUGAUUGCGCCCGCUCGACUGCGCUUCUACGACGUAGCCUGGAGAGCUGUUGGACUAAAGACUGCUAUGAGCAAGGGCCUUUCCAAGAUCACUGGCAUUGCGGAAGAUAUACUUCUCGUCGCAAAAGACCGAGACUUGGAUGAUGUUCUCAGCCAAGUGUCAGUAGCGGCGAGGAUGUCGUGGGCUGCGAGACGGGAGACAACUCGAGUUGAAGAUAUAGCCUACUGUCUUCUUGGAAUAUUUGGCGUCAAUCUCCCGUUACUGUACGGUGAAGGAGAGCGGGCCUUUAUCCGACUGCAAGAAGAAAUUGUCAAGACGAACAACGAUCUCUCCCUAUUCGCAUGGCGAUCUGCUGAAGAUUCGUCUUCUGGCCCUCUCGAGAGCUACAGGGGCGUGUUCGCAGACCACCCCAGAGACUUCCAGUACUCGGGUGGAAUCAUCACGACCAGCAGUACUAUGUACAACUCGGAAUUCACGAUGUCCAAUAAAGGCGUCAAACUCGAGAUGAACCUCUCCUACUUCGAUGAGAAGGGCUUGCACGUGUUAUUUCUAAAUUGCCACGACACCGCAAAGCACCAGAAAAGUCUGGGUAUCUUUCUCAUACACCAGGGCGCCAGCAUCUUUGCUCGAGCCCGACCACAGCUGUUCGCAUUGCGGUACAUACACGGCUCUCAUAUGAUCGAGCGCAAGCCCUUCUUCCUCAGCAAGACUCUGAGUCCUAGUAUUGCGCGAUCGCUAAACAAGGUGCACCGCCGCGCCUUCAUCGUCUCAAAGCUCCGAGGAAAAUACGGCCGUGACUGGUCGGAGGGGGACGUAGGUCCCAAGGCGCUUUGGGACGGUGGCCAACGCAUGUUCAUCACGGCCGGUCUUGAGGACUUUGUGGGAUAUUACCAGUAUCAAAUCUUCUUUCCGAACGAGUUUCAGACGAACACCAGCGGACUUAAAGUCUUCUUUGGCUACGGUUAUGGCUUCGAGCCCUGGCUGCGAGCUGUCACGCUCGACAAGAACUACCCCUUGUUACACGCGGUUGAGAUAGGCGACAUGAGGUUGCUUGCACAGGAGGCGCAGAAAAUAAAGCCACGGAGAAAGUUCGAUACCGGAUAUGGGAUAACGGUUGAGCUUGUGCAUGGCACUAGGGAUGGGGAGCCUGUGUUCUUGAUCAACUUCGAAGAGAAGAAGUAGUUAUUGAGGAAGAGCAGUGGGUAAACUGGAUCAUUAUGUAUUCGAGAUACAACCCAGCAGCCCACCUAUAGCUACACGCACGAUCAGCUCAGGGUCUCUUCGUCCAGAUUAUCGAGAACGGCUUCUCAUAUAUCACUGCCAUGGAAACGUCAUGCAUCUUCACCGCCAGAUGAGGGGUAAGAUCCAGAAGCACUCUUAGCUGCAGGAGGUAUCGGGCAAGAAGUCGUCUACUCGUUUGCCGAGGCUGGUGUGAAGGGUAUCU